CUUCGAGUGCCAACUUUUCUUCAUUUCUUACCUUGGUCAUCUUCUCUGUCCUGGACAAUCUACUCGGAUCUCUCAUCUGGGAUUGCAGUCAUCCUGUCGUCGGCCUGCUGCUCUGCGUUCCACUCAUCCAUCCCUCUGAUCUCGUCUUAUCCAGACUACCGAUGAGAAUCUUCAACACGACGAGCACCACACCAACAACCAAAGAAAGAAUGAAAAGCAACCACAGAACGCCUCUCGCAGCACCUCCACCUUCACCUCCACCCCCGUCAGCAUCAUCAGCAUCGUCAUCGUCGUCCCCUCCUCAUCCUCUCCGAUUCCCUCACAACCGCAACAACAAAAGCACAAACACGCCUACGCCUAUCUCCCCUACCACCAGAACCACAACGACCACGGAGCACAUCUACACCAUGAUGACUACGACCUUGACUACAGCCCCAACCACCACCCCGACCCCAAACCAUAACCAUAGCCAUCUCCCAUCCCACCACCCCAAGCGAACUACCACGCACUACCAGCACCACCAGCACCACCACACACCCCACCCCAUCACCAUCCCCCCGCGCCAUCGCGAACUCUCCCUGACGGAUAGCGAAAUCAGCAUCCUGGAUCUGGGGCCCAGUCUGCUUGUCCUGGGCGAGGAAGCGGAGGGAGAGGGUGACGGUGACGCGAACCCGAGGGGGGAUUUCCGGGACUUGCCCGAUUUGCGGGGCGUGUAUGCUUUGGAGUCGGAUCGACGUCCUGAUUGGGGUUAUGUAUGGGAGAAGGGGGAGGGAGACGGGGCUCGGAUGGAAAGGGAUACGCUGGUUUUGAGGGAGUCUGGGCGGGAUUGGAAGGAGAAGGGCAAGGGGAGGGGCAAGGGGAGGAUAGAUUCUGUGGAUGUUGCUGCUGCUGCGGGGAGGGAAUGGGGUGAGGGGACGCAUGCUCAUCCUUUGGUUUCGUCGCGUUCGGAUGGGGGGGGAGGGUGGUGCUGGCGCUGUUGAGCCGGUGGUGUGUUGGUCUGCGGUUGCUACGCCUAGGGGAGUUGGGCUGCAUCGGAGUGGGGGUCUGGAUUAGUGGUGUCUAGAUGAGGUUUG